GCGAACUGUAAGCUGUAGUUGUGGGGUCGGUGCGGAUUCUAUGGCGCCGGAAGGAGAAUCGGCGUCCGAGAAGCCCGCUGGCUCUGAGACGCUCCUGGAUUCUGUGCUGCGGAGCCUCUACGACCUGGGAGAGACAGAAGAUGAAACAGAACAGAAGAAAAUCAGAAAGAAGAGAGAAAACAAGAAGAGAACGGAGGAGGCCACAGCAAAUGUAGCAGUAGAGCCACCUCCCCUGCCUACUCUUGUAAGAGGCCAGAAGAAGAGUGUUUCCAGCUUUUUUAAGGAACUCAGAGAAGAACUGCACUCUGCUCCUGCUGUGGCUCCCAAAGCCCCCUCUUCAGGACCAGCAGUCCUUGCUGCUGCAGUAUUGCCCUCCCCCUUAAAGAACAGCAGCAAGCUAGUUGAAGUGGUAGAGUUUCACAGCAGAAGUAAAAAAAGAAAACCCAAGUCAGAUCAAGAUGAACACAUAAAGAGGGCCCUUGAUAAAGAUGUGAAUAUUCAAGAAUUUAACCUGGAAAAGGCUCGUUUGGAAGUGCACCGCUUUGGGAUCACAGGUUAUGGCAAAGGAAAGGAAAGAGUCCUGGAACGGGAACGGGCCAUCAUGCUGGGGGCUAAGCCUCCCAAAAAUAGUUAUGUGAAUUACAAGGUUUUGCAGGAGCAAAUCAAAGAGAAAAGGGCAGCAAUGGAAGAGGAAAAGAGAGUGGCCCAGGACACAGAUUUUUCCAAGAGAAAGAAAAGAAAAGGACAGGAAGAGAGGAAAGCCAAGAAGUCAGCCCCCAGUAUUUUAUCCAGUAGACGGAUUGGGCAGGUUGGAAAAUUCAAGAAUGGGACAUUGAUUCUGAGUGCAGUUGAUAUCAAGAAAAUAAAUUCUUCCAGAGUGGCCAAAUGAAGCACUCUGUCGUCUCCGGAAGAGAGUGAGAGCAAGUGGCGGUGCUGGUGUGACACCUGCUAGAGCUGUAGGCUCAUUCAUGACUUUUCUUCUGAAGAGCACGUCUGACAAAACAUUGGCUACUGCUCUGCACACUACCAGCACCUAAACUUCACUCCCUUUCUGGUGACUGGUGUUGGGCACAGAUUUUACACUCUUGUGAUUUUGUCUUGUGAUUUACUGUCUAGUGAUUAACAUUAAAGUGCCUUUUGCCUUUUUUAAUGACAACAUUACUGUGUCAUGAAGGAACUAAGAUCAUGGUCAGUUGUUGGUUUUGUAGAAAUCAAUUCAAUUUUCAGCCUACAGUGUGUAUAAAACCUACUUUGUAAGAUGCUCGAGAAAUGUAGCUUGUGUGGUAUGUGUGACUAGACGGCUUUGACUCAUUUUGAGCAUCUAUAAUUACAAAGACCUGUCUCCUUGGGCCUGUCAUUGUUUUCAGUGAUGCUGCCCUGGCCUGAGGUGCCAGCAUCUUCUCAGAGCUUGGGGCACAUUAAAGGAAAGUCUCCAGUGAUGGUAGCAAUAUUGGCAACCCCGCCCCCCCAAAAAGUUCAGCUCUUAGCCCAGCAAACAGUAUGGUUUUGGUCUGAAAACUCACACACAGCAGCCAGCUGCUGUCUGUUGGCGCCGAAAGCAUCGCCAGACCAACUCAGAGGAUGGAAUCCGGCUUGUCAGCAAGUUUGGGAAGCUCAAAUUCUAGGCUUAUUUUGAAGUAAUGUUCAUUAGGAAUAUAUUUUGGCACUUUGAAAAAAUA